GUUAACUCAGCACAUCAUGUUCCUUACCAAGACUAUCCACGCCCUUAGUCCAGAAACCACCGUUCUCAUCUGGGACGACAUGUACAGAGAUGUCACACCUAUGGAUUGCAGCAACAUCAUCUUAACUGACUUUGAAGUCGUGCAAUGGGACUACACUGCAAAACCUCAUGAAGAUUUGCACAUCAAUAUGUACAAGUAUGGCCGGAUGUUCGAUAAUCUCUGGAUAGCGACGGCUUUUAAAGGAGCUGAUGGAAGGAAAAGGAUACUCCCUGAUCUUAAUAUGAGAUUUUACAACCACAUCCAUUGGCUCGACUUUAUAUUUGAUUACGGCACUCUGAAGAAAUUGUAUAAUAUUAAAGGUAUCAUACUCACAGGCUGGUCAAGAUAUGACCAUGAUUCGCCAUUAUGUGAAAUUCUUCCAGCUUCAAUACCGAGUUUAAUUAUUAAUUUGAUCCUUAUCCAAAAGUAUACAAGUGGAAUUGUCGUUGAGAAUACGAAAGACUUGGAUGAUUUCAUUGAUGAACAUAUAGAAAAUAAUUUAGACUCUAGCCUUCAAUGUCAGAAUCGCAGCGAGCGUUUUUUGGAUAAAUUUGAUUCAAAAGCGUGUCAUUAUGAGGAGUCUGAUCUCUAUACUACACUUGAACGUCUUAAUAAUAUGACAUCAAUCGUAUAUUCUAUAUUGGAUGAUUAUGCUUACAAAUACUUGAUUUUAAAAAAGAAUGCCUCCAUUGGUGAAGAAUCGGUGAUAGAAUAUGAGUACGUUGAUGGAGUUCAAACUCAAAUAGAAACGUGUAGAAGAAUUUUUUUCGAACUUGUGACUAUUGAAACAGAAAUUAUUGGAUUACUAUCAGUUUAUUUUGAGAAUGAUGUAAUAUUAGAAUAUGUUCGAUCAAAGAUACGUCUUAUGCAGAGAAACAUUCAAGGAUUGUUCGGAUUUUGGCAUUAUAAGAAUUUAACGUCCACAAUUAGUCUUGAUAAUAUUCAGAACCACAAUAAAUUACUUACAUAA